AUGGAGCCCCAAGACGAAGUCCAGUACUGCCCCUAUAGGACAAGCGCUGGAUAUGGUGAGGUCAAUACAGCGGACUACUCCAACGUACGGUACUAUGAGUUUUCGGAAUCAGAGAAUGAUAAUCAGCAGAACUAUGAGGACGAAGGGCCUCAUGGUCAACGCGCAACACAGCAGCCGCCGCCAACUCUAACGUCUUCCAGUAAAAAGGCAAAGAAGAAGAGCAAGAAAGCGCGUGCUCCUUCACCUCUACCAUCUCCGCUUAACGACGCACCAGCGUCUUCCCAGGACAUCGUAGAUCCAGACGAGGAGUGGGGUUCGCAGCCAAAGUCAAAGAAAAAGGGCAAGAAGACGCAGCAGACAUCGGCUUCAGCACUGCCUGUGGAGGAGCCCACGACACCAGAAACAACAACCAUUGAUGCUGAAGAGGAACCAGUGUCGACGACAAAGUCCAAAAAGAAGAAGGACAAGAAGAAAUCGAAGGCGGGAAAGGACAAAGAUUCUGACGCUGUCGAGGAGAAAGUUGUCAGCGCGCCUCCAGCAGCUGAAGUGCCUGACGAGCAAGCCGUCGAAGAGGAGAUAUCCACUCCUAAAACCAAGGCCCAGAAAGCUAAGGACAAGAAAGAAAAGAAAGACAAGAAGAAGGAUAAAAAGAAAAGCAAAGGGAAGAAUGACGAUGCUGAACACGAUGGUGACACUGCCGACAAGUCUCUGUCCGCCCCUGCCCCAGAGCCUUCCUCACUACCAGAUGCUGAAACAACUUUAGAGGCGGCUGAGCCUUCUGCUUCGACCUCACAGGCUGGAGAUGACGGUACAAAGGCUGCUGACGAUGAGCCUGCCGCUGUACCGGUAGCUAUGGAGGAAGCAGUUGCCGAUGCCCCAGUUGUGGACGAAGCCCUAUCAAAUUCUCCACCAGUCCCUGGGAACGACAUGUUAGAGGCUCACAAGGAACUUUCAGUGGAAGAGAUAGCCAGCGACGAGGCGACCGCCGCCCCUGAGAUGGUUGUUGAUGAGAAGGCCGUCUUAGGCGCCUCGGAACCGUCCGCCCAUGUGGAUGCCGCUGUUAGCGAAGAGCCUGCACCGCUAGCUGAGGCUGCCCUUGCACAGGAACAGGAGCCGUCGCCAGAGGCGCCGAUUGUUGAAGAAGCGAAGAACGACGACCCGGCCGCUCUAGUAGAUGAUCACAGGAGCCCGAAACCAUCGGAAGAGCCAGCCGCUUCAGAGUUGAUUGCGGAAGUUGCGUCCAACGAUUACCCCCCGCCUGCAGCCGAGGCUGGCACUGAACCUAAUACCCAGCUUGCUGUCGAGCCUGCCGCCGAGCCCGCUUCAGAACCUAUCACUGCGUCCGCGGUCGAGCCAGCUUCUGGAUCUGCUGCCGAGCCUGCAGUCGAGCCAGUUUCUGAACCUGCCGACGAACCUCCCGCCGAAUCUGCCGAGCCUGCGGUCGAGCCAGUUUCUGAAACUGCUGCCGAACCUGCCGCUGAGCCAGCCCCUGAAGCUGCCGCUGAACCUCCUGCCAAACCUGCUGCCGAACCUGCCGCUGCGUCUGUGGUCGAGCCAGCUUCUGAAUCUGUUGCGGAGCCUGCUGUUGAGCUAUCUCCUGAACCUGCUGCUGAACCUGCCGCCGAACCUCCCGCCGAAUCUGCUACAGAACCUACGGUCGAGCCAGCUCCGGAGCCUGUCGCUGAGCCAGCCGUUGAGCCAGCCCCUGAACCUGCCACUGAGCCUGCAGCCGUACCAGCUGCUGAGCCUGCUGCUGAGCCAGCUGCUGAGCUAGCCGUUGAGCCAGCCCCUCAACCUGUCGCUGAGCCAGCCCCUGAACCUGCCGCUGAGCCUGCAGCCGUACCAGCUUCUGAGCCAGCCGCUGAGCCAGCCGUUGAGCCAGCCCCUCAACCUGUCGCUGAGCCAGCCCCUCAACCUGUCGCUGAGCCAGCCCCUGAACCUGCCGCUGAGCCUGCAGCCGUACCAGCUGUUGAGCCAGCUGUAGAUUCAGCUCCCGAAUCAACUGCUGAGCCUGCUGCUGAGUCUAACGUUGAGCCUGCGGUCGUACCAGAUGCUGAGCCUGCUACUGAACCAGCCUCUGAACCGACUAUUGAACCAACUUCUGAGCCAGCUGCUGAGCCAGUAGUCGAGUCGGCUACUGAGCCUGCCGAGCCACCUGCCGAAUCCGCUGUCGAACCAUCUCCUGAACCUGCUGCGGAACCCGCCACCAAUCUUGCUGUUGAGCCAAAUGACAAGUCUGUCAUCGAGCCAGCUGCUAAACCAGCGUCUGGACCAAAUACCGAGCCAGUAGUCGAGUCACCUACUCAGCCCACCGCCGAGUCAACUAUUGAAACUGUCGCUGAACCUGCCGUCGAGUCUGCCGAUGAGGCAGCCACGGAUCCAGCUGUUGGAUCUGCUGUUGAGCCCGCACUUGAGGAUGUUACCGAGGCAGUUAUUAAACCUGCAGAACCUCAAGCCGAAAGCAGUGCAGAACCUGUUGCAGAGUCUACUGAUGUUCCUGCAAUCGAGUCUUCUACCCAAGAAAUCGCCAUCGAACCUCCUGUUACAUCUCCAUCCGAUUUAGCAUCUGAACCUACCUUUGAGAUUACCAUCGAGUCUGCCGCUGAAGUGGUUACCGAGUCUUCAAAAGAUGCGAUUGAACCUACUGCCGUACCUACUGUUGAUCCUCUAACAGAGCCCGCCGCUGAAUCUACUACUAAGUCCGCCGUCCUGCGAACUUCUCCAGAGACAGCCCCAGAAGCUGCUGCUGAACCAGCUGUUGAGCCCUCUACAGCAUGUUCUACAGAGGAUACUCCCGAAGCCGUCACUGAAAAUACCAUCGAGUCUACAUCUGAGCCUACACAUGAGCCCGCCACGGAGCUUGCCGCCGGAACUCCUGCUGGACCUACUAUCGAGUCCUCUGCGGUGCCUGACGAUAAUCCUACCACUGAAAGCACCGCAAAGGGAUCAGAUGGCGAAGACACCCUAGAACCCGUAGGAAAACCAGUGGCACCGGAUGCCUCGGCUGAGGGAGUUCAGACUGCUUCAAAGCAAACCUCCGCGCCAGAAGAUGAAGCCAGCGACGAGUCGGACGCUCCUGAGGCGGAUACAAGCUCCCCACCUCUUGCUGACACCUCCUCAGCCGAACCAGCCCUUACUGAGCUCGAAGGUGAUGAUGAUUCGGCGACAGGACCAAAUGAAGAUGAGCCAAUCAAAGACGUACAGCAUGCUAUAAGCGAGGAAGCCGCAGUCUUGAUCAGCGAGGCUACGCCAUCAAACGUCAGUUCUCCAACCAAAUCUGACGAGACAGCGACCGCUGCCGGUGACGAGCAGUCGACUGAGGCAGCUAUUGCUUCUUCUGGCGAUGCGAUUAUCUUCAUAAACAAAGUUGACGGCGGAAAGUCCGAAGCUGACGAGAACGAGGCGCCAUCACCUGAUCUAGGCUUAAGCGCCGAUGUUGACGAGCCGGCUCCGUCGCCCUCGGACUCGUGUCAAAAACCUUCUUUGAUCGAGGUUCAUACAGGUACUUCGUCCGACGGCGCACCAGUUGAAGUCAAGCAAAAGGCAGACGAUGGAGAACCGCCACAGGUGUCACCGACAGUACUAGCGUCAGAGCCAUUAUCCGACGAUAACCUUGCUGAUGAGGAUACUCUUGUACAAUCCCCAGAUGCGAACAUGUCGGAUGUUGCUGAAGCUGGCCUAUCGGGCCAGCUGACUCAACAACUCGACGAAGGCGUCUUGGACAAAACACUUGAAGUGCCGCUUGAGGUAGCUGAACCAGUGCCAGCUGACAAGGAAGAGCUUGACUUGGGCGCCUCUUCAGCUAAGACUGACACCGAUACUGGAGAGGUUCGGGAGAACCCAGCCGACCAAGAGUCUGCCACAGCUGACGAAACCCAACCCAUCGAAUUGGCGGAUGUCGCUCCAGAUGUCUCUUCGCCUGAAGAGUUGAAAUUGGAGUUGGACACCUCCGAGAACCCUGCAGCCGUAGUUGUCGAGGCCCCCUUGGCCGACAAAACAAGUCUAACAGACGACACCAUAUUGUCAAAGGAUGUGGGGGACAAUAAAAUUGUUGAGACACCUGCCGCUUCCCGUAACGAGGUGGAGAAGGACUUCCAGUCGACCGAACAAGGAAACCAGAUUGAAGAAAUCGCUACCCCCUUGGCUAUCGAGUCUCAAGCGCAGGAUCUGGUCCCAGCCAUGAACAAUGACAUUUCAGACGAAGACCUGGCGUUACACUACGCUGGUAGUCAUCUAACCUCCGAAUUCACCGAGACUAUGGAGGCCGAUCUUGAGCCAGAAACCGUUGAGGCGGUCGCCGGGGCAGCAGGAACUUCAGACAGAGGCAACGAGACUUCCAAGUCUGAGGAGACUACAUCGGAGCCUCAGUCAGUAUCAGUUGCCGCUGCAGGGGUUGCAGCAACAGUUUUUUCGGCAGACGCAGGCGUCACCGCCAAUACAACUGCGACUGCCGAAGGCGACUCUGAAAGUCCUCCUCUCUCUGCGACCAAUCGAGAUGUUCCCGUGGAAGAAAGCCCGAGCUCGGAUGCACCGGCGAUAGUCGAAGAGGCCGCAAGCACGGAGGCUGAGUCGACUGCCAGCCAUGCAGAUGCCGCUCCCGAAAUUGCGUCUGAGCCUGCUGAGGAAGACCCUGAGCCUUCAGCCUCCGUCCUCGAACCCGGGCCAGUUGAUAAGCCGGACGAAGAUCCUGACUCUGACACCAAAGCCGAGCUCGGCAAAGGGGAAAAGGCGGCUGAUCCCGUCACUCCGGAAAGUUCUGCUCUUGUAGAAGAAAGCGUGCCCCCAGAAACAUCAUCUGCAGAGGCUACUACCAAGACCACGGAGGUUGACCCGGCAGAUGAUUCCGAACUUUCGAAAGAAGAAACAACUGCAGUUCAGGACGUAAAGGAUUCAAUCGAACCUCUUGAGGUUGGUCUCGAACCUAUACCUGAUAUGGCUUACACUGAGCAGCCGGCAUCUUCUUCACAAGCAACUGAGCUCGAAAGUUCCUCCGCUGAGACCAAGCCUGAAGUUGAGGACGAAGCGAACGCAACCAAAAAAUUCGAACCCAACUCGAAGGUUGUGGGGGAGCCUUUGCCUGAUGUUGUCGAGGCGCACGAAACCACCCCCAGCGAGGAACACGGUUCUGAGCUGUCCGAGUUUGCUCUGUCCAUUGAGGAUGAACCCGAAAAGAGCAAACAAUUCGAGGCAGAAACAACUACCCAGGUCCUUGAAGCGGACACCAGCUCUGAAGAGCCUGAAGCUGCAGGUGUCGAACGUGGAGAGCCUGAGGAUCCAACGGUCUUGUCCGAGGUCGUUUCCGAAACCCCAGACGCAGCCGACGAACCGAAAUCAAAAACAUCAAUUGGGGAACUGGAUGGGAGUGGACUCUCCGAAGAAAGAGCCCCUGAAAGUGUCGAGAAGACCGAGCCUGGACCAUCAGAGACAGAAAUCACGACAGCUGAGCUCGCAGAAGCUUCCGAAAAGGAACCGCCAACAGAGGCGCCGAUUGCUGCUCCAUGUCUUGACACGAAAGAGCUGGCAAAUGAGCCUACUGCCACAGGAGGUCAAGCUACGUUGCCAGCAGAAGCUUCCGGAGGCGUGGAGCCUGAGAAACCCAGUGAUGACCAAACUGAGCCUGAGCUUGCAGAGGCAGCUCCGGCUAUUAUCGAACAGGGGUCUGAACCUGCUACAAUCCACCCAAGUUCCGAGCCAGAGGUCUUGUCCUCCGAUGACUCGAAGGCGGCGGAUGCCGCUACCAUCGACUUGGUUCCAGAGGGCGCACCAACCGAAGUUUCACAGCAAAAUAACGGAGCGGAAAUUGAGUCACCAGAAGCAGCAGUCGAGGAUGAAAAGCCAGCUUCCGAACCCGAGGCACAGACUGCAACCCCUAAUGAGUCAGAAGAUGUCCAGGCAAUUGAGGAAAAGCCGUCCCCUCAGGUGGACAGCUCAGCUCAGCCCAAGGCAGAGGUAGUUGAAGAAGACAGUACCGGGACGCCCAAGGAUACUGGGGCCGCAAUUCAAGAAGAUAGGCCCGCUACUGAGUUCACCGAGGACGCGCCUAAGCCAGGGGUCCCUCCUAAGGAACCGGACAACGGCGAGCCCGUUGACACAGCGUCGGCUCCUGAUGACGCAGCCCCUGUAACGGAACCUGAAGUUUCUGCUGUCGUAUCGCCCCAGGAUACAGAAGAACCGACUGAUUCCACUGUGGAUGUCGAGCCGCCUGGAGACGCGAUUCCCAGUCCGGAAGCGGCCGCGCCCCAAGAAGAAUCGUCCAAGGAGCAUCAGCUUGGUGAGACUGCGGAUCCGACCGAUGCAGCACCACCGACCCCACCACCCGAAGUUGAUGAAGACAAGAAGGCUGAAGCGGAGGAGAGCAAGGAUUCUGUUGGUGCCAUCAUCGGCAGCGAACAGACAAAGAGUCAACCCAAAACAGGUGAGACCCAUCUCCAUUUCCUUGAUCAUGAUGCCCCAGAUGGAAGCGUGCGAGACUUGGUCGAAGGACCAGCUUCGGGAAUCAAUGGCGAGGACGUGAGAGAUGGGAUUGCGCACAAUCUCUUAACUCCAGCUGCGGGCGACGUGUCUGGGCCAAGCGUCCCCGAAUUGGUAGCGGGUCAAGGGUUGGCGAUGAUUCCUGCCCUUGACACAGCCGUCGGAGAGAGCCAUAUUGUCAGUCGAGUCGGCCAUGUCGAGACCAAUACCCUGGGCAACGAACAGUCAACUCCUGCCAUUGCUGCAGCGCCUGAGACGUCAGAGAGUUUGCCAGGCGAAUCCGUGGAUUUGCCGCAAACCCCAGUCGGGCUGGACAUUAGCUCCGAGGCGGACUACAAUACGACAGAUCUUGCAACAGACGGCCUGAAGGCCGGCACGGAUGCAAGUGAAGGGGAAGAGCCCGACAUUGUCACGACUACGGUUGAUGACGGAGAGCUUGAUAUCUUGCAGGACGGAGAUCAACCUCUCACAGAGUUGAAUGUUGCAUCAGUCAAAGAACAGCCCUCGGACCAGCUCUUUUCUCAGGAUCAAACCUCUAUGGGUGCUGGGCCUGAUUUUGACGUCUCAACAGAGGCGGCGGCCGAAAAGGUGGCAAUAUCGACUACCCCGCUAUCAGGAUCGCCCAUCCCCAUAACCCAUGUAGACAGUAUCGCUAUUGAAGACAGCGUGGCAAAAGACAUCGAGACUGAGCGGGAUGCGUCUUCUUCGAUGGGCCGGGAAUCAGGCCUGCAGCGUAAUGGCGUGUCGGCCACGGAAAUCUUCCCAUUUGAGGAGCCAGCGCCGAAGUUCGCAGUUCUCGCGGAAGAGAACGAUCACGUCCAUAACGAUGAUACCGAGUCUGUCGAAAAGCCCUCUAUCUCAUUUCGCGCAUCCUCCGACAAGUUGACCCAAACUCUAUUUGACCAACCAAUCCUUGAAGUUACCCGCUGA